AUGGAAGAUGAUGAAAUUGUCAUUCUCGCAUCCGAUUCGGACAGUGACACCUACGAAGAAUUAUUUUCAUGUUCUGCCUCCAGCCCCAGGUUCAUUAGGCCAAGUGAAGCAACGAAUGCCAGUGAGAGAAAGUCAGUAACAAAUGCUACUGGCACUUCUUCAAAGUUGUGUCCAUUCAUUUCAAUUUCAACUGAUAAAAAAGAGCAAAUAGAACGGCAGUUAAUUUAUGAGAGAAACAUUGAAUUUCAAACACAAGAUCAGAAUGGAGAUCAUUACUUUGUUGACAGCAGAAAUCACGACACAAACUCAAAGACAGAUGAUUUGUCAACGCAUGGAGGCUAUCAGAAUGGACAUUUGUGUAAAACUGAUGUUCUUUGUGACUUGAAAAAAGUACAUAGUUCACCGAGUGCCAGGAAUGACAUUUUCCUCUCGUAUACUGGUACUAGGGAUGGUAUCUGCAAUGAAGAGGUAAAUGAGUCCAAAAAUGAAAGAAGUUGUCAGAUCACAAACAAUUUAACAAUGAAUCCUAAAGGAAAGGUUGAAGAAAAUGGAACAGAACCUUCAACCUCAUCUACAGUUCUUGGCUUUGUUAAUGAGAAGUUUGGUAGUGUCACUGUCAGUGCUGCAAAGAAUACCUUUGAGGAAUUAUUUGAAGAUGACAUUCAAAUGGCUCUAUCACUUAGUUUACAGAGACUUAUACGGCAAAAACCAAUUUACGCACACACAGUUAGUAUAGAAGUUUGUAAAAAAUUAUAUAUCUUUAUUAAUAUCUGUAAAAUUCCGGAAGUUGAAACUUUACAGGCGAAAGACGUCAAUACUGGUAGUGAUAUAAAAAUUUAG